CUUGAAGAAGUACCCUGAUGCCUCGGCAGCGCAGCCUCUGGCGUACGUAAAACAGUCGAUUAGCGCCAGAUGUCUGCCAGGCCUGGCGAGUUUGGGAAAUUUGAUUUGAUUUGAUUUAUUGUUUUCUUCAGCAUCCAUGGAACAUUCGUAUAAUACAUUUUCUAUAACAUAAUAAACAUAAUAUGUUAGCAUUUUUGGCAUGAAUCUUAAAUAAAGUGUACAAAAAAAAUAUAAUUCCAGAUAAAAAAUGAUUAACUACCAAAUUAUUAUAUGAUAUUCACAAUUUGCAGGAGAAUGAUUGUCAUCAUAAGCAGAUUGCUUGAAGAAAAAUGACAAUCCCAAACUAAAACUAAUUGAAUUAAUUAAUACAUUUAUAAAGCAGAAUGGGCAUAUAUUUUUAAAUACGAAACAUCAAUUCAUGCAAUAUUUUUAGUAUGAAGAUGAAGAUGAUAAAGGUGAGGGUGACGGUGAUAUGAUGAUGAUGAUGAUGAAGGCCAUGGAGAUGAUGCUGGUCAUGAUGGAGAUAUCAUUAAAUGACUGCGUCCCGCACUCAAAAAUGACGAAAUACAUACUGCCGUCCAAUGACAAAAAGGAAGCAACUUAUUUUUUUUCUCAAAAAUUUACCUUUUCCUUGAUUUUUUUAAAUGCCUGUGUCUGUAUGCUCUACAUGAUGCUAUAGGAAUUUGAGUCACAUUGCCCCCCAAUUUCUAAAAUAUAUAAUGGACAUUUCAAAAGCGAAUAACUAUGUUUCCACAUAAUACAAUAACACAAGUCAUUUGCCUCAUUAACUUUAGAAACGAAUUCUACAGAGUUGUUUCCUUUUGUUAUGAGACGACAGUAUUUUUUAUUUGAUAUUUAUUAUCUAAUAAAUAAUUGCUCUCUGUUCGUUUCGACCUUGUAGGAACUCAUUGUACACAAACUGGGGCCAGAAUUAAAUGACAGUGCACAUAAUUAUUCACUUUAAAAAAAAUGUUUGGCAAUUUCCAAAGUGUGCUUUUUGUACUCACACGUUAUAUUCAGUCGUUUCUGGGUUGUUGUUUUUGUCAUUGGUUUAUAAUAAUGAUGUUUCACAUCAAAUAAUACUAAAAAAUAUAUCAAAAAUAACGAUUUUAAAUGUUUCUUUGUUCCAUUUUCAUUUUUAUUAAAAUCAUUCAAAAGGAACAGGAGCGACCAUGAUGUAACUUAGUAAAUAAUAAACAAAACGGAAAAUAAUAAGCUGAAAAUAAAAAGGUAGGCCAGCAAGAAAAAGCAUUUGGAUAUACUGUAUCCCCCUAAUUGAAAUAUCAAAAUAUAGUCAUCUCGAUUAAUACUGUCUGAAUUUGAUUUGACCUAUAAAAAAAAAUUUAAUGAUUCUUGUAAUAAUUUGAAAAUGUACUUUUGAUAAUUGUAAUACUGAUAAAUGAUAGCAAGAUAAUCAAAUUGAUUUAUACAGAAGUAAAUAAUACAUAGGUCUAUAUGGAAAACACUAUCUGUUGUCCUAUAUUUGCUACUUACGUACUUACGACAUAUAAAUUACUUUUUGCUGUAGGCUUAGUGAAUAUCUCCCCUUUAGAUGGCCAUCAUUGCAUCCAUGAUGUCUAAGUAAUUAAUAAAAAAUGGUCGAGCACCAAAAUAAAGCGAGGGAUGCGCAAAUGAAUUCUCCAUUUUAAUUACGAUUCGGCAAAGAGUACUAGUAUAUGCCCAGACUAGACACGGUAAAUGUGAAUGAAUUGGACUUGACAAUAACUUGUUACCAUGCCAACGUAAUUUAGAUAUCAACAACGUUGAUCCAUGGAGCUAAACCGAAAGUAUAGACCGAGUGUGUUGUAUAUAUUUUCAACCUACUUCGGUUUGUGUGCCGACUGUCACACAAAUGCAAAUUCUUCCAGACUUGGUCGAUACCAAGUAAUUCAAAACAACGCAAAUGUUUUGAUCGGUUAUAGCUAAGUGUGACUGCUCCCUUGUGUACAAAUACGGACUAUAAUUUAUCAUCGACUUGCAGCCUUUGGCAUGUUGAGUACAAUUUUUCAUGUCAAUGCAUUCGAAUAAUAGACCAUGCAAACAGGUAACGGGGAUGCAGGUUUAUUUUCUAUAGUAGAGCCAAUUUCGAAUGGGUCAGCAGUUGGCGGAAUGUACCGUUAUAUAUCAUAUUUAGAAGGAAAAAAUGGUUCGAUUAGGAUGAUAUUAUUGCGAAUAUCUGAACUGGACAAGAACAGCUUCUUGACAAAAAUGCGGCAUGAGGCGAGGAACCUGUCAAGUUUAUGUACACUUUUCAUACUGAUAUAUAUGAAUCUAUACCAGUAGAUAUAUUUACUGGUAUAUGUAUUUAUUGGAGAUUGCAUCACUGCCAUGCUAAAUAAGCAUGCAAUGCUCUGCAUAAUCAUGAUAAUAAUUGUCGAGUCCAUGCAUAUUUCCCGCCGGUUUGUUUCAACCAAGCACUAUUCUUCAGUUAAUUGUACCCGAGCUCUCUUGAAACGGUUAUACUCAUUAUCUCUCUCGAACAUUUCCGGAAGUGCUUUAUAAGCUAGAUCCUUCGACUUUCUAAGGAAAUACAUUAUUCUUUUUUUCUUCGCGAUAGUUCGGAUAACAAUCAGCGAGGGAUUUCUAGAGGUUAUAGACAGGAAAGCAAGCAGAACGGCAUAAAAAGAUACCGGAUCGUCUGAUAUUAGUCGGAUAACGUGCAGGAUUAACAUGGCGGUUAUUCAUCUUCGCGAGGAGAUGAUAUCUUGAGGCAAAAUGUCGCUCUCGUCAUUGACAUGUGAUUGCCGGGUCGUAUUACAGCAGCAGCAUGAUACAUGGACCACAGCAAUCUGAAUAUUCAUCGCCAGUUCAAUAAGUAAUGUAAUUCAGGCAUUCGUUCUGGAUUGAAUAAAUCAUUAAUUCAAUUGUUCCAACGCGUGUAGUAGCCGCAAUCAACGAGUCUGCUAAAUUACUGGACACUGGAAAUGAUAUCGCCCCAAAUUCUUCAACUGAUGCGUGUCGUCCUAUGACAGGAGUCUAAUUUCAACCGCGAAAAGCCGGCUUUAUCUCCCUGACACUUACUAACAGGUCUUUAGUCUAUCAAGGAAAGCAUGGACCUACUAAAUUAACACAUGAGAGGUGAUUCAUGACCCGUACUUUUUCCGCAUGCAUCUAUACGUUGUUUUGUAAUUUAUAUAGCAGUGUAACAAACGUUAUGCAUUGAAGAUCCGGUUGUGCUUUAAUACGAUCCUCGGUUUAUUACUGCCCAUGUGAUAAGGAGUUACAUCCUUUCAAAGUGAAAAGCAGAACUGACUUGUUGCUUCCGCGGUUAAACGAAUGUGGUAGAUUCAGCUGAAUGCAGUGUGGGGCACUUAGGCAGAACUUAUCCGGCUUCAAAUUUGUUCGUUGUUCAUUUUUCGACUCUUACAAUCGGACUAUGGCGAUAAUCUGCUUUAUGUAGAACUAUUGUUAUGAAAACUAUUACCGUUCACUAGCCGCUCAUCAGUACUACUGUCCAAGCAUGGUGAAAUCGUGUAACCAUUCUGAUUUGUAUUCAUUGCAGAGUAUACUUUAGUUUUACUUAACAGAAUUAGAAGGGUGUAUUUAAAGGUAUACAGUGGAUGUGUUCAUAGGUCGACGCAGAGGGCGCUACGCGUAGCAGGAGGAUUCCUCAACACUCUUGACCCACCGCAAUUCCAAUUCACCAUGGCUCUAAUGCGUACGUUUUACCGAUGUGGCAGGGGCUUCACCUUCGCCACCGUCUUUGCCGUAGCAUUCAUCAUAACCCUCAAUAAUAUAAUAUCAUACCAGCCCGUGGAUGACUACACCCGAGAGAAUUCCAGAGACUACAGCUUCGGAUCAACCAACGACACGAAACCCCACAGUAUACCUUUUCCAGACCUGGCCAGGAAGGCUCAAUGGUUCACAAUAUACGCUUUAACUGAUCAACAAAAAGCAGUGGAGAAUUGGAAACUAAGCCCGGAUCGGCACAAUUACCAUUACCUCCACAACCCAGCGCAUAUAUGUGCAGAUGAAGCAGGUCCUUCAGAUAUCAUUUUGGUUAUAUUUGUCAAUUCUUCUCCGAGAAAUGCCGGGAAGAGGGCGUAUAUACGAAACACCUUUGGUAGCUAUUACGAGUGGCCAACGCACGAAGGAGGUGCCUCUGUCAUGCGCGUUGUGUUUUUACUCGGUGCGGUCAAGGACACCAGACUCCAAGCAGACAUCAACCUUGAAUCUGACAUCUACAAAGACAUCGUGCAGGAGUCUUUCAUCGAUGACUACCUGAACCUGACACGGAAGACUGUCAUGGGGAUGAAGUGGGUUACCAAAUAUUGCAGGAGCGCCAAGUACACGAUGAAAGUGGACGAUGAUAUCAUCAUCAACGCACCUCUGGUCUACAACAUCCUUCAGACUGCAUCUCCCACCAACUUCACUCUAGGGACAGUUCUUCGGAAAGCCACUCCGGUUCGUUCACCAAGAGGACAAUACGGGAAGUUCCUCACACCACUGACGUUGUAUCCUCACAAGGUCUACCCUCCAUACUUCAACGGCCAUGCCUAUAUACUUUCCACGGACGUCGUUGAGAACAUCUACCGCGUUUCCAUGGAAACGGACCUCUUUCCUUGGUCCGAUGUCUUCAUUGGAAUGUGCCUAAAUAAACUUGGGAUUCGGUUGCGCCAUUCGAGCCGCUUUCUGAGCGUAAAAUUCCCGAUGGCCACCAAGACGCAGUUGUCGGAGGAGGGGAAUGCCCUGGAUGAGUUUCGGGAAUACGUUAGCGUUUUUCAUUUUACUGUACCCAUUAUGAAUCAGUUAUGGGAAAUUUGGACUCGAGAUCUUUGAAUACUCGUCAUCAUUCAUCAUGUUCACAUUCCAAACUACCGGGCGGAUUUUUGAUUGAAUGACUAUUAAAUUGGUGAUGAUCAAACUUAAAACAAAAUUAUUUAAGUUCACCAUAUUCAUUUGUUAGAAUCCUCAAAUACUGUGAUUAGGGUUCUGAGACCAAAUUUAACUUGAAAUUUUAGAAAAAAAACAGUUAUGCAAAAUGAUAUUUUAAAUGAUAUUUAAAAUGGUUCACUUCCAAUUCAGGUUGUGAGUAUAUAUGUGCCUUUUGAAAAAUAUAAUUUUUUUCAAACACUGUUGGGUGUAUGACCAUAGCGACAGUUUAGUUAACUCUGGGUAAACUCUGACCAUAAUUUUAUGGAGUGCCAGUUGCUAUCUUAUUUGUCAAGAGAGGAAUAUCCCAAUCCUAAAAAAACUGAAAGUUGUCGAAAAUAAAUUGAAUCAUGAAAUGAGAAAAAUUAGAAAAUAGAAUGAAUUUCAUUUAAUUAUUUGGUACACUAUCUUAGCAUGAAAGUGGAAGCAAUAGACAAACUUCAGCACUCCAUAAAAGUAUGUACUAAAGUCCAUAGAGAUAAACUUAGGUUUGAUUAUCAGAGUAAAACUUUGUGUUUGAUAAAAAGUAAUUCUAUCUGUAGCUUCUGAAGGUUUCCAUGGCGAAGAAGAAUAGUGUAGUAGGUUUCACGGUACAUCAUGUAUCUUUCUUGGGCAAGUGUUGGUCCUGAAAAGGACCGCCCAAUCUCUAAUUCUAUCUGUAUAUAUCAAUUUGUUUUUGGAAACACAAAGCUUUGAACAAAAAAUUGAAACAGAAACAAGUGAUAAUAUUCAUAUACCCGCAUGUCUUUCCUCUUCAAAGUUUGAUGGUAAUUGCCUGUUUUAUGUUAAGCAUGAAAAUAAACCACCAGCAACUUUACAUGUACAUAAUAUUCGGACUAAAAUUGUUGAGCAAUGCACGGUCGCAGAAAUUUAAUCAACGUACAAUCCUAAAGAUUUAAUUAUAUUUAACAAGUCGUGUAAUAUUUCCCCACCAUGCAUUGAAUAUUGUGAAUUCUGUUUCAUUUUUAGCAACUAAUAUUGCAAUAUUUUUUAUCAAAUAAUUUCCAGGGUCAGUUGCAAUAAGUAGAGAAUUAAGUCCUAUACCAGUGAAAAUGAUAUACCACGAGAUGCAAAUUAAGAUAUGUAGACAUUGAAUAAUAUAAACUUCACGAACUUUAUAAAGCAUACAUUUUUAGUAUUUCAUGUCUUUUUAUCAUGUGCCUUAUUCAACUUCGUAUAUGAUGUAUCUAAAUUAUUUUAUCAACUUGAGAAGAUGAUCAUCACACAAUAUACGCUGUUUAAUUUAUAUACUUUUCAUACAACGCUUGUUAACGUAUACAUUUUUCAUACAACGCUUUUUAAUUUAUACUAGUAUACUUUUCAUACAACGCUAUUUACUCCAUGAACUCUACAUUAUUUAUUUACCAGUUUAAACAAGUGUUUAAAAUUUCAAACACCCACGCUUAAUUUAUUGAAGAUUACAUAUCAAAUAUGAAACAACUACACUGUAAAAUUCAUAUUAAACAGCGUUGUUUAUUUUUUUUUUUAUUCAAAAAGCGUUUUACUAUUAUACUAUUAUGUUGUCAUCAUGAAACGUGAUAUUCAUUAUUACUGAUGUUGUAUUCCCUUUGAACAUUUAUUAAUGUUCGGAUGCUGAGUAAAAAUGGUCUCUAUAUUACUGACUCGUGUACUACUCAUAAGUGACUCAAUUAUAGUCAAAAGUUAUUAAAUAUCCCAACUGUUCACAAGCAUGGCACGUGCACCAACAUAAAACUUUGUUGAAGCUGAGUAGAAAUAACCACAGAUCUAUUCAUGGGCGGUGUCACGGUGGUCGGGGCAGGGGUAGCCCCGGGGACGUCGCCACGUAGAUUACUCCCUGUUCGGGCUCAUGUGGUGAUCGCCCCUGUCAUUUUUUUUUUCAAAGAGGUGAAAAAAGGGCGAAGGAAAUUAAUAUUUUAAAAGAGGGAGAAGAAGAAAUAAGAGUAGGCCUAUUCAUCAUGAGGUCACGACUGUGUAACGCUAUACACCUAUUAUUCAUAUAAGAUAAUUUGCGAUGCCAUUAGGUCAACGCCCACCGCUAAAGAUCAUUUUGGCCCCUCCCCCCCCCCUCAUUAUCACAGUAAAAAGGCUGUUUAAAUUUUGUACAACGAUAUUCAAUAUAUAAACCCUACAGUAGUUGUUUAAUAGUAUAAACAACCAUGCUUGAUUUAUUGAGAAUUAAAUAUUGAAAAAUAGACUUCGUUGUUUAAGAUUUUAAAAACUUGUUUAAACAAUUUAAACAACUACUGUAAGGUUCAUAAUUAAAAUAAAUAGCGGUGUUUGAAAUUUUAAAGCGUUUUUAUUGUGUAAAGAUAAUGCCCUUGCCCCAUAUUGCUGUGUCGUAUAACUACUAGACGUUCGCUUAUUUUUAACUGGCAUAUAAUUAUUUACACUGUAAAAAAUGAAGUGCUAAUUUAGCACUUUCAGUGCUUGUAUAGUGACUGCACUACGAGUGCUAAUUUUCUAGUUUAAAUUUGCACUAGAAAAUCAGCACUCGCGGUGCAGUCACUAUACAAGCACUGUAAGUGCUAAAUUAUCACUUCAUUUUUUACAGUGUAUGGGUCAGUUUUCAAAAGAAUGUACACACCUAAAAUGUCGGGCAACAUACUGUCCACUGUGUUGGGUAAUGUAUGUUGGUAAAAAAAUACAUAUAUUCUGGGCAAUUAUUUUCCAAUUGAGCAAAUUUGUUACCCAAUUAUUAGUUUUUAUUACCCAAUUUGGGCAGAUUUUAACCAAUAGUUGUGUGGACAGUAAGUUGCCCAGGGUUGGUUAAAAGUUGGGCAUUUUUUGCUCAACUAGUUUAAGAGUGUGCAUGUAUCAGUCUGAUCAGGCGACUUGACAAAUCUGACAGGAUUGAUUUUAAAGUGUAUUUCAGUCUCAAAAUGUGCCUUUUCAGUCUUUCUGAACUUUGUGUAUAACAUGAUACUAUUUGAAUUUGUAUUUAACAUGAUUUUCAAUGUCUAAAUUACACGAAAGCCGAAAUUGAUAUUAAUAUGAUAAGCCCUACGCGCUUCUUAAAAAAAUAUUUCUUAAAAAGGAUUUCUAAUUGCACUGGACCACGUACACUCUAAAAACAAAGAGUAAACAUUUAACCAAAUAUUGGGUAGAAAGGGGACAUUCAUGUUUGCUGUGUAAUUUUUUCCCCCAAUACUGGGCAAAAUGCAUGUUUGAAGGGUAAAUUUCAACGCAACAUUGCGUAAAAUUUACAAAAUAUUUGGUAUCUUUUUACCCAACAAACAUGCAUGUUCCCAUUUUACUCAAUAUUGGGUAAACUUUUUUAAGAGCGUAAUGUAUUUGAACGGCAUCGUUUCCAUCAAAUUAAACAGUCGAGAAAGUAAAAUUAAAGUAUUUUUUCAAAUUUUUGUGGAGAAUGGUACAUUGAAUUGUUUUUAAAAUGGUUAUCGCUGAAAAACAAACAUGCUAUAGAAAGGGUCGAAUUUUUUUUCCCUGAAAAUCUGAUACGAAAAAAAAACCUAAUCGACUCCUCCUCCAAAACGGUCAACGUUUUCCUCCAAGAAAACCGAAAAGCAAAAGGGGAAAAGGGUAUUAAUACCGAACCUGACAUAUAUCUUUUUUUUUCAAAUAACUGACAUCGAACCCCCGUAAGUCUAAAACUAUGUAGUUUGAUCAUGGACCUGCUCGUAGGUCCAUGGUUUGAUCAAGUAGUCUAGUCAUUAACGCUAUUCACCUGUUAUACAAUGUGCAAUACCUUUAUACACUUACAUUAUUUCCAAUUCAUUCAAGAGGGAGUGGGUGUGUGUGUGUGUAAUCUUACAAAUAAUUAUGUAUCACUCACUGGUUAGAUACUAUCACUUCCGUAUUAUUUCCCUAAAUGUGCAGUAUUUUUCGUGCAUACUAGGAAAAUGAUGCUUGAAACGGUGCCAGGAAACGGGAAAUUAUAUCUUGGUCUGAAGCAUUCUAAUUCAUUUUAAAAGGAUAAAAACAUAUUGUCUGUUUAUCUCGUUAGCUUUCCAUGCAGGUAGUCAAUCAAUUAGCAGAAAGAAAGGUUUCCCGAUGGUUCAAAUACAGCCAUUCGGAGUAAAAUUUUGUCUUUCAUUAUUUUCAUCCGGGUUUAGUUAAAGGCCAAGAAGUUCACCCCUAACAACAAAGUAAUGGAUGUGAAAAUGUUUGCCAUAAUUUGCAUUUUCUUCAUUGUUGUAAUUACCAAUUGUUUUUCUGAAAUUUAGUAAAGUUUUGACAUGUUAUUUAAAUUUUUCAUUCGAUCUUAAUGGAAGAUACGAAGUGUUUGUUUGAUUAUUAUUCUCUAUCCAUUCAAAUUUACUGAUUGUUUGGGGGUAGAUUUGACCUUUAAAGACCAUCUAGACCCUUUGAUCAGCUUCAUUAUUCCAAAUUAUGUUCGAAUGUUACCAGACUCAUCAUCCUUAAUGCAACGCUUUGAUCUUUAUACAGUUAUACAGUUAUACACCAUGAUAUUAUUUACAGUAAAAACGCCCUUUAAAAUUCUUAUACAACGUCGUUUACUAUAUAUGUAAACCUUUGACGGUAGUUGUUGAAAAAGUUUAAACAAUUGUUUUAAAUCUUAACAAAGGUUGAUUUUCAAUAUUCAAUUCUCCAUGGAUUAAGAAUGAUUGUUUAAACUGUUAAACAAAUACUGUAAAGAAAACGGCGUCGUAUGAAAUUUUUAAACAGCGUUUUUAACGUUUAAUAAUUGCAAAUGCAAUGGUAUUAAAAUUCCACCACCACUGGGUGCAUAAUUUUACACAGGUGUUUCAUUAUAAUACCCUGUACUUCCUGAUUGUAAUGUUAAAUAUUACUUGGUGUUAGUAUCCACAUGGUGGGUAGUUAUACUUAUAGAGCUUAGCAAUAAUUACGUUGGAAAUGAACAAAAGUAUUUCAGUACGCUUCUAAACAUUCCCGAUCGGAUAAAGAACAAACGGCUAAUAAGAUUUAUAGGAAAUUCAAAAUUGGCUGUUUUAAUUCAAAGUGUGUGUGGAUCAAGGCUAACUAUCUAGUACAGAUGCCAACAUUCCAUUUAGGCGUUGAUUUCUUGAUAUUACUGUUCCGGGGAUGGGGGGGGGUCAUGACGACCCUCCCCCAUUGAUAGGCUGCUGUUCGAAAUUCGAAAAUUGAGGGGGACACGUCCCCCAUUCCCCGGGGUCACCGCAAAAAAGAGUAUACCCAAUAUUGGGUAAACAAGGAACAUGCAUGUUUGUCAGGCAAAAUGAAACCAAAUAUUGUGUAAAUUUUACCCAAUGUUUCAUUGAAAUUUAUCCAUAAAACAAGCAUUUUGCAUAAUAUGGGAACAUAUCUUACCAAACAUACAAUGCAUGUUACCUUUUUACACAAUAUUUAGUGUACAUUCACUCGUUGCUUUGACUGCAGACACUUUAAUGUUCUGAAGCUAAGAGAUAUGCGAAGAAAUUGUUUUUUUAUGUCAGGUACAUUAAUUUUGUAUCAAUUGCCUAUUUAGAGACUCGUGAUCGAAAAGAGUUUCGAUUGUUUCAAAUUAAUUUCAGUUUUCAGAUUGAUUGCAGUAUAUUAAAACGUUACUGUUGUUGUCAUUGAUUUUAAAAGUUUUAAAUUGAUUGUAAUUAAUGACAACUCUUAACGCAGGGCAUAUUCGACAAAUUAUAAGUUGUACGGUGAUGUAUUACAGCAAUAUCAUGGACCUACAAAAUAAACGGGAUUACAUCUUAAAUUACUAGUAUUUGGGAUAUUUUUAAUCAACAGUUUUUAACCACAUGUGUGCCUUUUCGGUGAAUGGUCAUCUUUAGAAUAAAAGGUGAAUAUUGAUUUACUAAGUUUAAUUAGAUAUUCACAUAAAGUAUUCUAUCCCUGUAAUUUUGAUAUCAUUGUUAUGAUUGUGGCGAAAUAAGUAUACUUAGCAUUAAAAAAAAACAUAAUUAUACGGUGCUUUAAUGGAAUGGUAUUGCAGGGUAAAUUUCAUCUCUAGCGCAAUUCCGUGAAAUAAUCAACAUUUUGGUACAUCCGACCCCCAUCUUUCUCAAGUUUUACUCCACUUCAUAAACUGAUCAUGUCAUGGUCAUUUCAGAGCAUUAUAGACAGUCAAAAUAACUAGAAAUCAGAGACAGGGGUCAGACGUACAUAUUUUAUGAAAUUGACAUCUAGUGUAUACGUCUUUUAAGUGUACUACCUUAAAAAUAUGGGGUGUGUUAAGAAAAUAGCAGGAUGAUCGCAUAUUUCAUUUUCCCAGAAAGAAAAUAAAUUGACAGAUUUUGCCUAUAUUUAUUUGUCCCUCGAUUAUGCAGAUAUGUUUCAUUUACUUUGUAAUGAAAUAAUAUUGAAUUAAGAAUAUAUUUCUUAACGGAUAAUUGAUAUGAUAAAUGUAUAUUUUUUUAACGUGAUUGAGAUGACGUGCAUGAUUCGAUUUCUUGCCAAAUAAUACCAGAGUAUAAUUAUAUUCCAAAGACUUCUAAACUCUGACCUUCUGAUUUUAGCACGCUGGUGCACAAAAAAAUAAAUAGAAAUAAUAUCUUGUUAUUCUGGGCCAACUGAAACGUUUUUUUUAAUGAGAAAGUUCAUGAAUAUAAUCAUUGGUAUAUAAAUUUUAUGGAUAAUUUGAAAUUUGGAAACAUUUUUGUUUUUCUUUUUUUUUUCUCGGGAAAUAUUUUUGUUCACAUGGUUAUAUGGAAUGGUAAGGGACCAGGGGAUAUCAACAAGAGAAUAUUAAGAUACACUUCGUAAAUGGUGAAAAGGAUUGAUAAAACUCGAACACAGAAAUGUUAUUUUACAUCCAAAUCGUAUUCUGUACUUUCGUUUGUUCGGUAACUGAGGUUUUGCCGUUAAGAACAAAUGUUAACAUUUAUGCAAACAUUCUUGUUUCAACGUGCUGUUUACAUUAAAAGAACCCAAAUAUUUUGGGUAUGAUGUAAAGAAA